UUUAGUAAACGAAGCAAAAAAGGAGAUAAAAAUGGAAAAGGCUUGAGACAUUUUUCCAUGAAAGUGUGUGAGAAAGUUCAGCGGAAAGGUACAACAUCAUAUAAUGAAGUGGCUGAUGAGCUGGUAUCAGAGUUCACCAAUUCAAAUAACCAUUUGGCCGCUGAUUCGCAGGCUUAUGACCAGAAGAAUAUUAGGAGAAGAGUUUAUGAUGCUUUAAAUGUGCUAAUGGCAAUGAACAUAAUUUCAAAGGAAAAAAAAGAAAUCAAGUGGAUUGGCCUGCCUACCAAUUCUGCUCAGGAAUGUCAAAAUCUUGAGAUAGAGAAGCAGAGGAGGAUAGAACGGAUAAAGCAGAAGCGGGCCCAGCUCCAGGAACUUCUCCUGCAGCAAAUCGCUUUCAAAAACCUGGUUCAGAGAAAUCGGCAAAAUGAACAGCAGAACCAGGGCCCUCCAGCUCUGAACUCCACCAUUCAGCUGCCAUUUAUAAUCAUCAAUACAAGCAGGAAAACAGUCAUAGAUUGCAGCAUUUCCAGUGACAAGUGAGUGGAGAACUAGGGGAGG